CCGAAAAAGCCCCAGCUAACAUUAGACCGAAAAAAGCAGCGACGGGGGAAGAGAACCGAAAGCGGAUCCGUCGGAUGUAUCCCACUUUCAGCCCUGAUCUGCUUCCUAUUACUCCCACUUAUUCGCGCGUCGUUCUUUAUUCUAAGAGGAUGCAUCUUUUUAUACGACUUAACUGAAUCUGCUCGGAUUCUGCUUGAGUAAAGCGAAACCGUAUUUUUUUACCGACAGCGACGGAUUAUUUUUUCCCCCGCCUCGUUUUUUGUCGCGUGAUAGAUAGAUCUUUAGUCUAAUACUUUACAUUAACGUUCGUUCUAUAACGUUGCGUUUGCGUGGAGAGCUUGGCGGAAGAUGGGCUGUUUGGGGAACAGCAAGACCGAAGACCAGCGCAUUGACGAGAAGGCUCAACGGGAGGCGAAUAAAAAGAUCGAGAAACAGUUACAGAAGGAAAGGCAGGCUUACAAAGCCACACACCGGCUGCUUUUAUUAGGGGCUGGAGAAUCCGGAAAGAGUACGAUUGUAAAGCAGAUGAGGAUCUUGCACGUCAACGGCUUUAACGCAGAAGAAAAGAAGCAGAAAAUAUUGGAUAUCCGAAAAAAUGUGAAGGAUGCCGUAGUAACAAUAGUAUCGGCCAUGAGCACUUUAAUACCCCCGGUGCCACUUGCCAACCCGGACAAUCAGUUUCGAGCCGACUAUAUAAAAAGCAUAGCGCCACUUUCUGACUUCGACUACACAGAGGAAUUUUUCGAGCAUGCAAAACAACUUUGGGAUGAUGAGGGCGUAAAGGCCUGCUUUGAAAGGUCCAAUGAGUACCAGCUCAUCGACUGUGCCCAAUACUUCCUGGACAGAAUCGAUUCAGUACGGCAGAAUGACUACACACCAACAGACCAGGAUUUGCUUAGGUGCCGAGUUUUGACUUCAGGGAUUUUCGAAACAAGAUUUCAAGUAGACAAAGUCAACUUUCACAUGUUUGAUGUAGGUGGUCAGAGAGAUGAGAGAAGAAAGUGGAUCCAGUGCUUUAAUGAUGUGACAGCCAUCAUUUUUGUAGCAGCCAGCAGCAGUUACAACAUGGUGAUCAGAGAAGACAACAGCACUAACCGCCUGCGCGAGUCCCUAGAUCUGUUCCGCAGCAUCUGGAAUAACAGGUUUUUACGGACCAUCUCAGUGAUCCUUUUUCUGAACAAACAGGACAUGCUGGCAGAGAAGAUCCUGGCUGGAAAAUCCAAACUUGAAGAUUACUUCCCUGAGUAUACUCGCUAUACAGUCCCACCUGAUGUGACCCCUGAUGCUGGGGAAGACCCAAAAGUAACCAGGGCCAAGUUCUUCAUCCGGGAUGAAUUUUUGAGGAUCAGCACAGCAAGUGGUUCGGACAAACACUACUGCUACCCGCAUUUCACCUGUGCCGUGGACACAGAGAAUAUCCGUCGUGUCUUCAAUGAUUGUCGUGACAUCAUCCAGAGGAUGCAUCUGCGCCAGUAUGAGCUUUUGUGAUUAUCUGCCACAAUCUGUCCAUUCUCCAAUCAGAUCAUUUCUUCUACACUCCCAGAUUUCAGGAGGACUAUGUGAACUACUGACAAGUGACAAUGUUAUGUAAUUUUUUUCUCUACAUUUCAUGUUUUCCUCCACUUUAUCUCCUUAUUUAUACAAGAGUGAGGGGUGUGUGUGUGUGUGUGUUUCCUGUAUCUCUUCAGUCUUGAGUACUUUUAAGUUUGGUUUACUACUUUCUGUAGUUGGAUGUGGACCAACCAACCCAAUGGAAAUCUGUGGUAACUUUAGUAAAGGAAGCCUGAACUUUGACAUUUGCAGUCUUCUGAAGGUCUUUUAGGAGUAAUUGACAAAGUGGUGGAUAAUGUACUUUUGCAUCAGGUUCCUAAAAUGUUGACCGGGAAGUGUGAUUCACUAUGUAGCACCGCUAUAUUUAUUACUGUCUCUUUUCUCUUUAGUAUCUUUUUAUUGUGCUUUGCUUUUCUUUAAUAAGUUUUGUGUCAGAGGUGCAAUGUUGCAGGAAUAUGCAGGGGAUUGGAAUUGUUUAAAUAGCACAGGCUAAGUGUAAACAUGUUGGGUCACUGGACUUGAAGUCUUCUGCACCUCAGUACUUUCUACAUAAGAAGACUGAGUGGCCAAGUGAUAAUUAAUACCUCUCUUUGCAUAGAGAGUUUCUUGUUGUGGAGAUAGUAUGUGUAUACUAUACUGUAAAUACACAUGCACACACACACACUAUAUAUAUGGGGGGGGGGGGGGGGGGUAUUUUAUUAUGCUAAGGAACAUGCAAGGUUGCUUUAUCUUGCACAUGCCUGCAAAAUGUAAUGUUAUUUUGUACAUCUUAAUUGAAAAAGAAAAAAAAAAAACUUGUAGAAGCUCCUUGUGCCUUUGAUUACAGCUGUACCUGUAAAUGAGGAUUUAGAUAUAAAUACAUUUCUGAUGGCGCUAUACAGCUUGAUGUCAAAUCUUAACCGCAGCACAGCCUGCUGAUGGGGAAUAUCUCUUGCUCUCUCUCUAUCAAAAAAUGGAAUCAUAUGGUCUUUAAUAAAAAAUGGAAAUUAGGCAAAAAAAAAAAAAAUCUUUAAUACAAUAUGCAAACGUAACCACUUACUGAUUGCUAAGUUCAAAAUGGAAUAAUUUUUUUUCUUUCACUGAGUUUUAUUUUCCCGUUCUAGAAUUCUUGACAGCUUUAAAAAUCAUUGGAAAACACUAAGUGUCGGAACACUGAGCCUGCUGACAUAGUAGGAUGCAUAUUUUCAGACAAAAUGCGUGUGUGAGGUUUGUACACAGGGAUACAGCUGUAAAUGUGUGUAUGCAUGUGUGUGCCUGCAUGCAUGUGUAUACCCACAUCCCCCUGUUGUGUUCAACCCAAGCUGUACAUCAGCAUUUUUAUAUUUAUAUAUGUGUACAUAUACAUUUAUAAGGUUACAACAGAAAUUAUAUUGUAUAAACCUAUAUGUACAAUUCUACAUAGAAAUGUGCGUGCCUAUGCGUAUACAUAUUUAUGAAUGUCUAGUGAGGUCGUAUGCAUAGCCAUGGAUCUAGGUAGGGUGUACUGUAGAAGGUUUAACUGUCCCUUAACCUUCAGUAACAUGCAGACACUGAUUGGCCAUCCUCACAGCUAAAGAGUAUCGCAGAGCCUGAGCCUUAUCUGGCAUGAUUGCACAGUAAAAUGUGAAAAGAUACCAAGAGAGAAUAUGGUCAAUCAAAAUGGGAUUAUUUAAUUUGUGUGGGAGAAAAAUCAUGUCUUCAUUACUUACUUAUAAUAUGUAAUUACACUGAUCAUCAUACCUGAUUCAUUGUUGUAAAAAAAAAAAAAAUGCACCAACCAUUUACUUUAAAAAAAAUAAAAUAAAUAAAAAAUAUAAAAAAUUAAUUGUCAGAGGCAGCUUAACAGGGACCCUUAAAAAGGACCCUUUAAUAGUUCUUUAGGUAGGUAAGAAUUCUUAUCUUCCUAAAAGGAUUCUGCUUAUAAUCCUCUCUGAUAGGAAAACAGUUAUUGGGUUUUACAUAGAACCCUCAGAGGCACAAAAGAACCCUUAAGAGUUCUAUAUUUCACCUUCUUUUCAAAGAGUGGAUGCUUGUGAAUGGAAGGUUGUAAAUUCAAAGGCCAGACCUGCCAUAGAGCCACUGUUGGGCCCUUACUGGGUGUAGGCUCCUUAAUCCUCAUCUGAUCAGAUAUAAGCUUAAUUUGUAAUUCUGCAACACUUUUAAAUGUUUAAGGGGGGAAAAUCCUCAUCUUACAGUUUUAAUUUGUUAAAAACAAACAAACAAAAAAUACUAUCCAACAAAAUGACCCAUGGUCUUUUAGAUUGUGGUCUUUGUUCAUGUCACAUUUUACCAUAGCAGAGAAAAUUCUGCAGUUCAGCUGGGAGAGUCUCUUGAAUGAGCUCAAAGACAGAAAACUAUAUACUGUAUGUGAUUCCCCCAAAUUAACCCAAUAGUACAGCCCCAGAAGAUGACUGUGCAGAUGACGGAGACAGGCCACAUGGGGUCGCAAAAGCUGUAUGGCAAAAUUGCAACAGUGGUAGAUGAGCUAAUUCUAUUUCCUCUGAGGCUUCUCCAUGUUCAAAUAUUGAGUGAUAACUGACAGAGGUGAAAAUACAAAACUCUGUGUCUGGCCUUAAAGGACUUAACAUGUUUUGUUGAUUUUAAUUUUUACUUUAUUUUAUUUAAGUGGCACAUUAGACCCAUCAUCUUUGUUUAGAAUGGAAAUGUCAGAAGAAAUGUAAUUUUCCAAAUAAAAUACCUCUAAAGGUG